AUGCUACGUCGAAUCGAGGCAUUGACUGAACCUCUGGUCACCCGAAAGCCUGCCGCAGCACCAGCCCUCCCGCUGCAGGACGUCCAGCUUCCCAGCGGUCUUCUCGUCGCUUCUCUGGAGAACUACUCCCCCGUCUCUAAAAUCGGGGUGUUUGUGAAGGCCGGCAGUCGCUACGAGACCGCCGAAAACCUGGGCGUCACGCACAUCCUGCGCCUGGCAAGCAAUCUGAGCACGAAAGGUGCGUCAGCGUUCAGGAUCUGUCGUGGUCUGGAGGCAGUGGGCGCCAGUCUGAGUGUGAUGUCCUCAAGGGAACACAUGGUCUAUUCUCUGGACUGUCUAAGAGAAGACCCGGGACGGCUCACAGAGUACCUGAUCAAUGUGACAGCUGCUCCAGUCUUCACAAAUGAACACAACUUACGUUUGAUCAUGUUGCAUCUGUGUGUUUGUGAAGGCGUCAGUCAUGCUGCUCUGAUGAAGCUGGGCGAGCAGUUCUUCAGCACCCAUACAGGGGCGGGUGCACCUGGGGCUGUUUACCGGGGCGGUGAGCUGCGUGUGCAGAGCGGUGGAGGUCUGGUGCAUGCUCUGCUGGCGUGUGAAGGAGCCGCGGUGGGCUCUGUGGAGGCAAACGCCUUCAGUGUGCUGCAGAGGCUUCUGGGUGUUGGACCACACGUCAAGAGAGGAUCCAACAUCAGCAGCAAACUCAGUCAGGGCAUCGCCAGGGCCACCGCUCAGCCGUUUGAUGCCACGGCCUUCAGUGCUACUUACUCUGACUCCGGGCUCUUCGGAGUGUAUAUCAUCUCACAAGCAGAUUCAGGCCGCGAGGUGAUCAGUGCAGCCAUGGCACAGGUGACCGCUGUGGAUGAAGGAAGACUUACAGCAGAGGACCUCACCAGAGCCAAGACUCAGCUGUUGGUUGAUUAUCUGAUGUCUCUGGAGAGUUCAGAGGGUCUGCUGGAGGAGCUGGGAGCUCAGGUUUUGAGCAGUGGCACCUACAGCUCACCACAGACUGUGACGCAGAGCAUCGAGUCGGUGACCUCUGGUGACGUUGUCAAAGCUGCAAAGAAGUUUGUUGAAAGCAAGAAGACCAUGUCAUGUUAUGGACAUCUGGCAAACACACCAUUUGUUGAUGAAUUGUGAGAGUAAGUCCCAGUCUAAAGUGCACACAUUGUGCAGCUGCUUAUUUGAGUGUAAAAACAUUCAGAACUUGAUUGCUGUUGACGGUUGUAUUUUGGUCAGUUCAUCAUGAAGUCUGGUCCUUAGUAAUGGUUUACUGAGAGCAGAGCGUCAGUUUGGAUCCAUUUCACUGUAUAUCUGAUGUAUGUUCAUUAAAACAAAUCUAUCAGUGAUAAA